ACUCAAAAAAGUUGUGCGUUCAGACACAGCCCCCAUGUGAUAAGAACUGCAACAAAAAUUCCUUCAUCUUCCUUUAUAUUAGUUGUUACUCUCUCUCUCUCUCUCUCUCUCUCUCUCUUCCGGGAGAGGAAGACUCGUUUUCUGUUUAGCCAUGUCUCAAUCUCCCAGCCCCUCUUCGCCGGCUACUCCCUCGGCGCCGCCACCAGCUACGCCCUCAGCGCCGCCGCCAGCCACUCCCUCAGCGCCGCCUCCAGCGACUCCAUCUUCUCCUCCACCAGCCACUCCCUCAGCACCACCACCGUCCACUCCGUCUGCGCCACCACCUGCCACUCCCUCAUCGCCACCACCGUCCACGCCUUCCACCCCCUCCAACCCGACGCCAAAAGCAUCUCCGCCGCCUCCUUUAUCGCCGUCGAACCCAACGACGCCUCCUCCUCCUACACCGACGACCCGGAGUACGCCUCCUCCGCCGAGUUCUGGCAACACCCCGAGCACUCCGAGCACUCCACCGCCGAGUCAGUCGUCGUCGUCGAGUACGAUAUCGACUGGGGUUGUGGUUGGGAUAGCGGUCGGUGGGGUGUUGAUUCUGGUGGUGCUGAGUAUACUGUGCGUGUGUUGCACCAAGAAGAAGAGGCGGCGCCGAGAUGACGAGGAAUACUAUAUUCCUCCACCUCCGGCUCCUGGGCCCAAAGUUGGCCCUUACGGUGGUCCACAACAACAGCAGCAUUGGCAACACAAUGCUCCCCCACCUGCGAAUCAUGUUGGCGGAGUGUUGCAGAAACCCUCUCCUCCACCAGCAGUUGCAUCACGACCACCGUACUCACCGGCAAAUGCUCCUACAACACUGCAGCCCCCACCACCACCGCCUUUCCUGAGCAGCAGUGGAGGCUCUGGGUCCAAUUAUUCAGGGUCAGAAAAUCCACUGCCACCACCUCAUCCAGGAGUAGCCUUAGGUUUCUCAUCAAAGAGUAGUUUUUCAUAUGACGAAUUAGCUAUGGCAACAGAUGGAUUCUCGGAUGCCAACCUUCUUGGACAAGGUGGAUUUGGGUAUGUGCAUAGAGGAGUCCUUCCGAAUGGGAAGGAAGUAGCUAUCAAGCAGUUGAAAGCUGGAAGUGGGCAGGGGGAGCGUGAGUUUCAGGCAGAGGUUGAGAUUAUUAGUCGAGUACAUCACAAACAUCUUGUUUCAUUGGUUGGGUACUGUAUCACUGGGUCUCAGAGGCUGCUUGUUUAUGAGUUUGUUCCAAACAAUACCUUAGAGUUCCACUUACAUGGGAAGGGGCGACCAACUAUGGAUUGGCCCACAAGACUUAAAAUUGCUUUAGGAUCUGCAAAAGGAUUGGCAUAUCUUCAUGAGGAUUGUCAUCCCAAGAUCAUUCAUCGAGAUAUCAAAGCAUCCAAUAUACUUACAGAUUUCAAGUUUGAGGCAAAGGUUGCAGAUUUCGGACUUGCAAAGAUUGCUUCUGAUACCAAUACUCAUGUCUCCACCAGGGUGAUGGGAACGUUCGGGUAUCUGGCUCCAGAAUAUGCUUCAAGUGGGAAACUCACAGACAAAUCAGAUGUUUUCUCCUAUGGGGUUAUGCUUUUGGAGUUGAUCACUGGACGCCGACCUGUUGACACAACCCAUACCUUCAUGGAAGAUAGUUUGGUAGACUGGGCAAGGCCUUUGCUUACGAGAGCUUUGGAAGAUAGAAACUUUGAUGCUCUGGUUGAUGCAAAGCUGCAAAAUGAUUAUGAACCCAAUGAGAUGGCUUGCAUGGUUGCUUGUGCUGCUGCCUGUGUGCGUCAUUCCGCACGGCGUCGACCACGAAUGAGCCAGAUUGUUCGUGCUUUGGAAGGAGAUGCGUCUCUGGCUGAUCUUAGUGAAGGAAUCAGACCUGGACACAGCAACGUAUACAGUUCUCAUGGAAGCUCGGACUAUGACACCAGCCAGUACAAGGAGGACAUGAAAAAAUUCAGGAAGGUGGCAUUGGGAAGCCAGGAAUACGGUGCCAGUAGCGAGUAUAGUGGACCAACCAGUGAGUAUGGUUUGUACCCUUCUGGCUCAAGCAGUGAAGGCCAGAACACCCGAGAAAUGGAGCUGGGAAAGAUAAAGAAAAACAGUCAAGGUUUCAAUGGAAGAAGCUCUUGACGACCGAUGCCUUUUCUUUAUCAUGUAAAAACCCACCCCCUUAUUGUUACACGCUUGUGUCAGAUUGAUUGGAGGAUGACAUGUUUGGCAUGAAUUAACCCCCAUUUCAUUUUCUUCUGAAAUAUCGGCGUUUUACAUUGUAUUUAUCAAUAGUGAUCAUACGACAAAAUAACAGAGAAACUUGUUCUAUUCUUUUAUUCGUUCCUUCA